CCUUAUUAGAUUUUUGCAGCCCUGCCUACUUUUCAACUCAUCUGCUGUGAUGUCGCAAAGAUGGUGAAAGUACAAAAGGUCCCAGUACAACUGGUCAAAAGGUCCCAGUACAACUGGUUAGGAAACAUUUUAUCUUGCAACCCAGCUGCCAUAUGAACUGUAAACCACAAGCCAGAAACCUCUUGUCAGAAGUUAUGGGAAUAACAGAUCCUAAAAUUUAACAUAAAGUACAGAAUCAGAAUUGCCAGUAAGAACCAAAGAACAGAAAAAGACACACAUACCCGUCAAUAUAGCAAGUGUAUAAAAAGCCUGUCGAAAAGUGUGAAUAGAACUGUUAUGAUAUUCGGAAGAUAAAACAUUAGGAUUCCAUGGUUGUGUGGACCUGCUUGCUUCAUUGGAUUACGAAUAAAGUAUUCCGAUAGAGCUGAAUUGGCUCCAACUUAUUUUUUGUUACCACUUGGACCACUUGGACUAACUUAUAGGUUCCAGUUUUAAGAAAACUAAUAAAAUAUCUGACUCACUGUUGGACGUUUAUUCCAGACAUAGAAAAUAAGAAGGAAAACAACCUCCGUGAAACUUCUGCCUGCAGAAGACAGGAGUUGGUGCAAAAGCAAACAGAAGGAGUGACCUUUACAACACCCGCCAAAAGCAGUAUGUUUCUGUUCAGAAGAUUUGUAAUGGUUUGCCUCCUAUAUGCCGCCUUGCUCCUGGUUUGUGAGGCAGAAUCUGGAUGUCCAAAGACAUGCUCUUGUGCAAAGCCAGAUCAGUGCCCACCUGGUGUGCAUUUGAUCUCUGACCUCUGUGGAUGUGGUUGCAAGGUGUGUGCCCAACAGCUUAACAAAAAGUGCAGCAACCUACAUCCAUGUGACCAGACAAAAAACCUCCACUGUGACUUUGGAGCUAGGCCGACAGCCAGCUAUGGAAUCUGCAGAGCUCAGGAAACCAGACGCUCCUGUUUCCUGAAUGGAACAGUGUACCAGCAUGGAGAAACCUUCCAGCCUGUCUGCAGCACAUACUGUUCCUGUCAAGAUGGAACCAUUGGUUGUGCCCCUGCAUGCCCCUUACAGAUGCCUGUCUUAGGGCCACUGUGUCGUAACCCUCGUUUGGUCAAAGUACCCAGAAAAUGCUGUAAGGAAUGGCAGUGUGAAAACCAUGAAUCCAACAGAAUUGAAGUCACAGCACCUCAUGAGGGGAAACUGGUGAUGCAGAAGCAAGAAACUGCUCACUCCAAGUCAAGCAAGAACAAUUUUGACGGCUUUGGAAAAACAAAUAUGGCAUCCAAAGCCAGCUUCAAUGCAAUUCCUUUGGAGAAAGAUUGGAAGAACACCGGCUGUCAUGUGAUAAGAACUGAGUGGUCAGAUUGCUCUAUGACCUGUGGCCUGGGAAUCUCAUAUCGUACCACUACGGAUAAUCAGGACUGCCAGCCAAGAAAAGAGACACGCCUGUGCCAGAUAAGGCCAUGUGGACACCGUACAUAUUUGGGGUCAAAAUCCAAAGGAAAAUGUACCAAAAUAAUCAGAGAAGAGAAAAAGAGUUAUAUGACGUACAAGAACUGUACUAGUAUCAGGAUGUACUGGCCUAAGUAUUGUGGUAUCUGUACAGAUGGGCGUACAUGCAAGCCCUCAAAAUCUCGUACCAUUCUUCUGAAGUUCCACUGUGACACAGAGGCUGAACUGACCAUGAACAUGCUGUGGAUUGAAAACUGCAGCUGCGAAAACCAUGGAGAUAAGCAGAAGGAUGAAAAGAUUUCACUCGUCUUUGAUGCAUUAUGGGAAAAGAAUGAAAAAAAUGCAAUGAAGGCUAGAGAGUAAAAGCAGGAAUAGAAUAAAAAGCCAUUCAAGUACAUCUCACACACAAGAAUAAUGCAUAUAUAACUUGUAUUUUCAUGCACAAUUUUUCUAAUUCUGCUUUGCAAAACAAUGUUAUUAUUCUUAACUAAAUCUCAUUUUGCAUGUAAAGUUACAUUUACUGCCAGGUGUCUAAUUUAGCCACUAGUUAGAAAAAUCCUUUUUGUUUUGCAUAAAGCAAAAUGCUCUAUAUUUUUUAUUUAUGAACAGUAGUCAGAUUUAGUUUAAAAUGUCAGUGAUCACUAUCUAGAUGUCCUAAUUCUAUCAAUUAAAGCAGCACUGUUUCCAAAACUCUGAAAAUAAAAUUGUUAAAGAUCUGA